AUGGCUGUGCCCUUGCGCCUCUCGGCUCAGAGCCCUUCAUCUCGCCUGGAAGAAAUUCUCGACCCCUCGCCUCGUGUUGAAGAGCUCUCCGAUACUGACAACGAGUACGAAGACAUGGGGACGGUCACAGCAGAAGAGCAGAUGAACAUUGCGUAUCUGAACAGCGUGCGUGUUCCCAUCAAAGACGAUUACGAGACCGAGACGUCCAAGACCGAGGACGAUACUCACGAGAUCAUUUUGCCGUUCCUGGAGGGAAAUCCCAAUGACUUUACGCUUAAUGCCUAUGGCAUACCCAAACUGCAAAGAGAACGACAUGCGGCCAUGUUGAAGGGUGUCCUAGGUGAUUAUCCCGCGCGCAUGGCUCAGAUGGACGCGUCUAGGCCUUGGAUAGUAUACUGGGGUCUCCAGAGCAUGACAGCAUUGGGUCUCGAUAUUCAUCCCUUUCAAAAAAGAGUAGCACAUACGUUCUCGCUUGCCCAGCACCCAACGGGUGGACAUGGAGGUGGCUAUGGUCAGCUUCCCCAUCUUGCAUGUACUUAUGCUGGUAUACUGUCACUCGCCAUGGCAGGCGGUACGGAAACAUAUGAAUCAAUUAAUCGCAAAACCAUGUGGCAUUUUCUUGGUCGGAUGAAGCAAGCAGACGGUGGCUUCACCAUGUGCGAAGGUGGAGAAGAGGAUAUUCGCGGGGCCUUCUGCGCUAUGGUGGUCAUAUCUCUGCUCAAUCUACCCCUUGAUUUACCCCAGGAUGCAGUCGCUCGCAGUCAUGGGCUCACAACACUCACCGACGGACUCGGCGACUGGGUAUCUAAAUGUCAAUCCUGGGACGGCGGAAUCUCAGCAGCACCUGGAAACGAAGCUCAUGGUGCAUAUGCCUUUUGCGGUUUGGGCUGCCUCUCGAUCCUUGGGCCGCCAGAAGAGACAUUGCCCAAGUACCUGGACAUUCCCCUGCUGACCCACUGGCUAUCAUCCCGCCAGUGCUCUCCUGAAGGCGGAUACAAUGGUCGCACCAACAAACUCGUUGAUGGCUGUUAUUCUCAUUGGGUCGGCGGCUGUUGGUCGCUCGUCGAAGCCUUCACUCGUUCCACGCCUUCCACCCAUCUCUGGAAUCGCUCAGCACUUGCACGAUACAUAUUAUCAGCCUGCCAAGAUAAGAAGGGUGGACUAAAGGACAAACCGGGAAAAUACCCGGACGCCUACCAUACUUGCUACAAUCUGGCUGGCCUAAGUGCUGCCCAAUACAAGUACGUAUACGACAAGAACGUCAACAAAGACAUUGGAAGUACCAAUCUAGGUGCACCAUACCAUUGGAAAACUGAGGGUGGGUACGACGGUGAAGAUGUGAUUUGGGAUCAUGAGGAUAUCAUCAGGGCCGUGCACCCGGUGUUUAUAAUACCCUACAGGGCAGUGUACGAGUGUAGGAGAUACUUUGAGGCAAAAGAGGGCUUUUGAGAAUUUAAUCGAAUAGCCCAGGUUGACAACUUUGCCUUCUAUAGUUUGCUUGCACAAGCCAUACCCUCUUCACUGGCUUUACUCUCCAACUUUUCUGGCGAUCCUUUAGGAAACCUUCUCGAACUGAGCGUCCAUAUACACUACUAGUGGUGGUGCAGCAACGACCGGCUUCAGCACAGCCUUGAUGGCUUUGUGAGCCUCACAUUCAUUGUCGUAAAAGUCCAUAUCUUCCUUGCACUCAAACACGGUGCGUGCUACCAAGGUAUAGCCUUGACUGCGUGGAUCGUCGUGAGAUGGGUUCGCAGCAGCCAUCUGGACAUAAGGGUUUCCGUCCUAGCCGAGUCAGUUGGACAGUGCACUCUUUGGAGUUGCGGUGAGGCUGCUUCAUGGCGCUUUGCUACGAGUUGCUUGCCCUGUGCGGACGCCGCCAUGUCUGGUGAUGGAAGUAGAAAGCCACAUAUUUGACAAGCUACAGCCUCGCCAUGGCGUGAAUAAAUAACCUGUCACCUUCGUAUCGGCAUGUUUCCU